GUGAAGAAAUCUGAGCUUCAAGAACAGCUAAAGUGACUAAUCUGCUCCAAAUAGAAAAAGAAAAGCUGCUCUCGCACGUCUGAGUCACAGUGGUCGUCUGGUGAGGGGGUAGUAACUGGGGGGGGGGGGCCAGGGCCCCUCCUCCAACGUCACGGCACGGCGCAUGCGGGCUCCAAUAAAAGCCCAAACAAAUCUCAUUUCCACCAUCUCGAGAUCCACCAGGGAUGAAUGAACUCCAUCGUGGACUAUUAACACAAGCAUGUCAACUGUUUCGCAGCUGGUUUUUUUUUUCUUCCCAGUGGAGAGUUUGUCUUAAUGGGCCUGAACGCACGUGGAUUCCUUCGGUGGCGAGCUUUGUGAGGGGCUCGCGUCAAACGGAUCUCGGUUAGAAUCCCCCGCAGGAUGCACGCGUGCAAAGCUUUGCUGUGCGCCCUGCUGCUGCUGCGCUGCGCCACGCUCAGCUCGCCGCUGUCCACGUGCGCCACCGUGGACGCGGACCACGUCAAGCGGAAGCGCGUGGAGGCCAUCCGCGGCCAGAUCCUCAGCAAGCUGCGGCUGAGCGGCCCCCCGCGCGCGCACGGCCCCGCCGAGGCGCCCCGGCAGGUGCGGGCUCUGUACAACAGCACCCGGGAGCUGCUGGAGGAGCUCGGCCGCCACCGGCGGGAGGUGUGCGGCGCCGACGGCACCGAGAGCGAGUACUACGCCAAGGAGGUCUACAAGUUCAACAUGCUGCACGGGCCCACCGAGAGCAACGACCUGCCGUACUGCCCGAAAGGCAUCGCCUCCAAGGUGUUCCGCUUCAAUGUCUCCGCCAUGGAGAGGAACGCCACCAACCUCUUCAGGGCCGAGUUCCGAGCCCUGCGGGUUCCCAACGCCGGCGCCAGGCGCAACGAACAGCGAGUUGAACUCUAUCAGAUCGUGCGGCCCAACGAGCACAUCAGGAAGCAACGCUACGUCAGCGCCAAGAACGUGUUGACCAAAGGCACGAACGAAUGGGUCUCCUUCGACGUGACCGACACCGUGCAGGAGUGGCUGGUGAACAGAGGAAGUAAUCUGGGCUUGGAAAUCAGCGUGCACUGCCCCUGCCACACCUUCAGCCCCAACGGCGACAUCAUCGACAACGAGAACGAGGUCCUGGACGUGAAGUUCAAAGGCGCGGACGGCGAGGAGGAGAGUCGCUUGGACCUCGGCCACCUGAAGAGGAGCACGGAACAGAACUUGCCUCACCUCAUCCUCAUGAUGAUCCCGCCUCACCGCCUGGACGCAAAGUCCUCGCCCAGACGCAAGAGAGCGCUCGACACCAACUACUGCUUCUCAAACACGGAGGAGAGCUGCUGCGUCCGCCGGCUGCACAUCGAUUUCCGGCGCGACCUGAACUGGAAGUGGAUCCACGAGCCCAGCGGUUACGACGCCAACUACUGCUCGGGGCCCUGCCCUUACCUGAGGAGCUCGGACACGCCGCACAGCUCGUUGCUGAGCCUGUACAACACUUUGAACCCGGAGGCGUCGGCGUCGCCGUGCUGCGUCCCCCAAGAGCUGGAGCCCCUCACCAUCCUCUACUACUCGGGGCGGACCCCCAAAGUGGAGCAGCUUUCCAACAUGGUCGUCAAGUCUUGCAAAUGCAGCUGAGGACAAUGGACACCAACACGAGUUGCCUCAGCUCGGCACUGAUUCGAAACAAAUGACUUUUGUUGUUGUUGUUUGUUUGUUUGUUUUUUUGGGGGAGGGGGGGGGGGGGGCUUGGUGAAAGGUGCUCAUUUUGAAGCUGGAGAUUUCGAUGAGGGUUUCUAUUUCUUUUAUCUUGUUUUGUCAUUUCCCCCCCCCCCCAAAUACAAAUUCACGAUGGAAAAGUGCUGGUGGUCAUCCUGCUCCAAACUUGUGAUGAAACUAAAAAACCAGGAGACGACGUCAUAGCAUAUAUUCCUUAUUUCCGGCCACAACAUUACGUACGCCUGCGGAAUGUCGGGAGAUCGACACAAGAGCUGUAGCCCAACAUUCUGUCAUCUUGAAAAAGAUGACGAAAAGAGCAGUCAGACCUCCGCCAAGUCGGAACAAUCCAAAUUUGCAUCAGCAAUAAACGGCGGCUUCAGGGUGCGGUCGCUCUACCACGAGGGUGAAUGUAAUUAUCAUAACAAGACCUGGGUGCAAUUUCAAGUCACAGAAGUGUUAAAUUGGAAAUUGAAAAAAAAAAAAAAAAAAAAAAAAAGAA